AGGGAGGCAGGCAGGUCCUUGACAAUCUGGCAACUCUGCACCAUAAAACAACAUUGAGACGUGGCAUGAAGUGGUCCUGGCUCCUUUCUCCAGCAACAAAUACUAUAUAUUCAUAAAGAAUGAUACUGUAAUAGACACUGUAUAUUCAUAACCUCUUCCAGAGAGCCCAGUCCAAACCUCCUGGGACAUCAGGAGAGCUUUCAGACAGUUCCCCUUCCUGCUGGAGAAUGUCCCCACCUGGGAGUAAUGAGGCUGGAGAAAGGAAGGAGAUAAACUGCUAAAUGGAAAUCAGUUGAAUGAAUACGUAGGCAUGUUCAAGGUCUCUUUAUUGGUUUCAUCAAAUUAUUACAAAGUAAGAACUGUUACCUGCCCUCAGGUUCUCAGUACUGAAUAGGCAGCCUUAAAAACCUAGAGACCCAAUUCUUCAAAAUGGUUACCCCGAAAGUGUGUGUUGGUGCUGCGGUGGGGGUUAACAAAAGGCAGCGGUGCUUAGGACUUCACUGCCACCAGCAGGGGCCAGAAGAAGUGCACGCCAGGAGCUGCCUACAGCAGAAGCCCCAGGCCAGAGGCUAAAGCUGGCAGCUGAGACUGUCUUCACCCCGUGCCCACCCGCCCCCUCCACAAUCUCCAAGAUUUGGAAAAGCUGUUCUUCCUUUCUAAAACACAGUUGUUCCUGCCUUAAAACUCAGCAUCAGGGGUUUGGAGACCAAACUCCAGUUAAGGUUCCAGAACACCCUCCUCCCUUACCCCACCUCACAAUCCCACUUCCUGCGUGCCCUGGGAUUUGCAGUAUUUUGAAGGUGCAGUGGAGUGUGGCCCAGAGAUGGCAAUUUCAGGUUCAGUCCCUUUGCAUCCCUUGUCAACCCCUGCACUGUCCACCUCACGCCCCGACCCCUGGUUUACAGCCCCGCAACCGCUCUGGCCGUGUUAGAUCCGCUUCAGGUAAAGCCAACUCACGCACUGCACGAACUUGGAAAAGCUGCCCUAUGUCAACUCCGAUCUCUCGCACCUGGCGCCAAUCUGCGGCCACCUGCACUUUGCGGGACGUUGCGCUGGGAGGCGCUCCCCGGAGUCCGACUAGCCUGCGGUGCCCAGGCGCUCACCAGGCCGCGCGGGACUCCCGGCAUCCAGCCUCCCUUCCGGGUCCCGGAGCCUCGGCUCUGGCGGAAUGGCCCGGGAAUGCGCCAGGUCGGGGGCAGGAAGGACCCCCCUGGAGCCUUAGAGACCUCGGGAGGACUCCCCUCCGAGAUCAGCUCGAGGAAGGGUUCCGUGACCACGCGGCGAGGAGCACGUGAGCAGCGCUGCUUUGCUAUAAGAACCCCCGCUCUGCUGCGCGAGGGGAGCGAGCGGACCGGCAGGAUGCUGCCACCUGCGCCAAGAAAAAGAACGACGGUGAUACUCCCUCCAGGACACCCCAGACGGUCCCGAGUUUUGGUGGUUAGGACCCUGGGGGUCCGGGCUCCGCUGUGCGUCUAACUUUGAGGCGGAAUUCCCAGCACUUAGGCAAAAACGCGCAGACGCCAGCACGCGUGCGUUUUUGAAGAUGCUCAGAGCUUGUUUGACCUUUAGUAGAGUUAGAGGAGGAGUAGCAAAAACCCCGAGCUAAUUUCUCGUCCUCCACUGAGCAGGCAUCUAGGAGCGCCCGGGCUCGCCUUCAGAGAAGCCCGGAGAUCCUUAGCAGCCCGAGACCGCGGCGCCCCGGCAGCCGUUUAAUUAAGUCGCGGGAUAUUCCUGCGCCCCGCUGGAGGCGGCUGGCGGUAAACUCCAGACGCCUUUUGUAGAUAAAGUUUGGUUCGCUCUACUUGCCGGCUGCAUCCCGGCCGCGUUGUCCGCCCCCUCCUCCCGCAACGGGCGCGGGCGGGGAGAUGGCCGCGGGCUCGGCGACCGGCGCGGGCGCUUCCCGGCGCAAAGGGGCGCCGCGCGCGUAGCCGCCGCCACGCUGACCUCCAGCUCCCUCCUGCUACUGCGCUAAGCCGGGGCAGCGAGCGAAGGCGAACGCCCGGAGGGGCCGGAGGCGGCGGCGAGAGGGGCCGGAGGGUCCAUAUGGCCGCUCUCCGCCGGCCGGUGGUGUGCGCCACGGAGCUCUCCCGCGGCCCCUCGGGUUCCGAGCGGCUCUGAGCGGCGCCGCCUGCGGGAAUCCACCUAGCCGUUCCGCGGAGCCGCGGGCAGUAACCCGAGAGCAGGCGUCGGCAUCUGUUCCUCCCUAAGGGCGAUGUGGCCGGCCGGCGCGGGCACCAAGCUGCCCUGUCCCCGGGACUCUGCGCUCCGGCGGGCGGCUUUCUCCGGGAACCUCACCGCCCUGCCUUCUCACCUCGUGCCAGCCGGCCGUAGCGUCCGGGUCUUCAUCAGCGCCAACCCCGAAGACACGGGAGCAGAAAGACAGGCACUAAAAGAAAAUGUGUAUCCUAAGUUGAGAGAAUUCUGCAGAGAAAACUAUGGAUUAGAAUUUCAGGUCAUAGAUCUGUACUGGGGAAUUGAUGAAGAUGAAUGGGACAGCCCUGAGCUCCAGAAGACCCGCAUGAAGCUGCUGGAGGAUUGUUUGAAAACUUCUGCAGGUCCAUGUUUUGUUGUGGGUAUAGAAACACUAAUGCUUUAUAUUAAAUUGUAG